UCUCUCCGACAGAAAACUGGGGACAAUGUAGCUGUCAAACUAGGCCAAACUGUUAAAGACACUCACAAAAUAAACUUUGAGUGAUUUAAGUUCAUUUCUGUCGUCACGAUUUUCUCGUCUAAUAUCUAACUUGUUGCUGUAGUGAGUAUUUAACAGACACUUUAAAUGCUGCUGUCCCAAUUCCCUCCAGAUAACGACGAAAUGGAUUUCUUCACCCUAAUCAACCUUCUGCUGCUAAACCAUCGCGUGGCCGGUGAACCGCAAACUGGAAGCUGUCCAAAAUUUGAACCCAUUGAAGCCAAACCAUUCUGCGGCCGAGUAACCAAAUGGAUUCCGGACAACUUCGGACGCAGCCCGUUCAACACGUUCGACGCGUGGCACUUCCAGCCCGAAUUCGUCGUAGAAAUGUUCGUGUCCUCGUCGGAAUCAAUCGCCCUCAAUGUAACCCUGCGUUGCCAACAGCCGGAUCCACUGACUGGUCAGCUACCUCCGCUAAGCGUCUGGACUGAAAAAAGCAGCCAGGAACAAUACGAUUGGAACGAGAAAAACAUUAGACUGGACCGGUACGGAGAUUACAUCAGUCUGAGCGGCUGUAAGCAACUGGUGCACAAUGUCACCGGGCAUGGAAUCCUGGAAGCAGAGAGCUCUUUUGAAAAAGAGCAACUGAACCGGAAGCAAAAAGAUGUAAGCUGUAACUUUAUCAACGAAUUUGUUAUUGCUCGAAAAAAUCAAACUAAAGUUAAAAAAACAUUACUAUAUAUGAAGGAUCUAAUUCCAGCCACUGAAAGAUCAAAUGCAAAAUUAAUUGAUUUUGAUUUAAAAAGCAUUGUGAUUGAAGCUUUUAUGAUUAUUUUGCUAACCAUGUUCAGAAAAUAAGUGGCACAUAUUUAACAGAAAAUAUUAUAACCAGAGUAAAAUACCUUAAAACAUAUUCACCCAAAUUUUCGACCGUUUUGUUAGAGUUUGUGGCAACGCACAGAUUUUCAAUUGGAAUAAAAAUAUAGAGUGUUUUUCAGUAGUUAGUUGUUUCUAAAAUAGCAUACAAAUGAAAAAAAAAAAUAUACUCCAAGAAACCUUCCACCCUGCAAUUGGAACAGUCGACCUUGAGAUUGUGAGUCUAACCCAGGGGUGCCCAACCUUUUGGCCCUGCGGGCCAGAUCUUAUUUUUCUGUAGCAGUGGCGGGCCGGAACUAAUAUUCGCUAAAAGUUGAAAAAGUAAACACAUUUUUUCAUGUUUUUUUUUAUGAUUGGGUUCAUUAAAAGUAAAUAAAUAAAAGAACUAGAGUUGCAAAUAAGUUUCAUAUAUCUUGA